GCGGCGGUUAUGGGCAGUGCUGCGGCGGCGUUGGCAGCCGCGGGGCUUGCGGGCAGUUUGAAUCGGAGGUGGAGAGCGACCCGGAGAGAGUUGCUGCGGGUGGAGCCGUGUUGAGAGGAGCUACCGAGAGAGAAGCGCAAAGCGGAGCCGCCAUGAACAGAGCCCGCACAAGGCAGAGCGAGGUGCUGGCGGCCGAGGUCGUGGCGGUCCUGACCGAAGCCAUGGAGACGCUGCGGGAGAUCUGGGAGGAGAUCGGAAUCCCGGAGGAGCAGCGCCUGGAGCGUACUCGUACGGCCAAAAAGUACAUCAAGGAGCUUCUGGAUGAGAUGGUGGCAGAGGAGGAGAACUUGAAAGAGCGUCUUCUGAAAAGCAUUGAGCUGUGUCAGGAGAAGCUUCGUAGCCUCUGUGAGGACCUGCAGCUGGAGCCCUUUUCGACAGAAGAGAAAGGUACUAUUCUGGAGAGAGAGAAGAGCUUGAGGACACGUGUGGAAGUGCUGCUGAAGCAGAGGUGGGACAGGAAGCAGGAGCUGAAGAACCUGCAAGAGCAGGAGCAGGACCUGUGUGACAUCCUGUGCACCACUCCGUUCUCCAUCGAUGCCAAGGCUGUGCCCAGCCUGGAGGAGCUGGAUCGCUAUCGGCGUCACCUGGCCUCUCUGGCUGCUGAGAAAGAGCAAAGGCAGGAAGAGUUUGUGCGCAGCAGGCGGCAAAUCACCCUUCUGAUGGAGGAGCUGGAGCACAUUCCAGACACCAGCUUUGAGAGGGAUGUGGUGGAUGAGGAUGUGGAAGCCUUUUGCCUGUCCACGGACAACCUCGCUGCCCUCCAGGAGCUGCUGCGGCAGCUGGAAGCUCGUCGGGUCCAGAACGAAGCUGCAUGCACAGAGCUGCGCUCCAGGAUCACGCAGCUUUGGGAGCGCCUGCAGGUGCCCGUGGAGGAGAGAGAAGCUUCUGCAGUGCAUGUGCCUGGGUGCAGAGCCAGGACCAGGAAUGCUCUGCAGCUGGAAGUGGAGCGCCUGGAGGAGCUGAAGGUGCAGAACAUGAAGGCAGUGAUUGAGGCGACCCGGGCAGAGCUGGCUGACUAUUGGGAAAGAUGUUUCUACAGCCAGGAGCAGAAGGAGGCCUUCAGCCCCUACUAUGAAGAGAGCUGUACAGAGACCCUGCUUGAGCUCCACGACGCUGAGGUGGUGAAGAUGAAGCACUAUUAUGAAUCACACAAAGACCUUUUUGAGGCUGUGCAGAAGUGGGAGCAGAACUGGAAGCUGUUCCUGGAGCUGGAGAGGAAGGCAACUGACCCCAGCCGCUUCACCAACCGUGGGGGCAACCUGCUGAAGGAGGAGAAGCAGCGAGCAAAGCUGCAGAAGGUGCUGUCAAAGCUGCAGGAGGAGCUGGAGGUCAAGACCCAGGCUUGGCAGCAGGAGCACCAGGCAGUUUUCCUGGUGAAGGGGCAGCAGUUUAUGGAGCAUGUGAAAGAGCAGUGGCAGCUGUACCACCUGGAGAAAGAGAAGGAGAAGCAGGAGAGGCAGCUGAAGAGAAGCCGUGAGAUCGAGGCAGAGAUGUUGUACGGCAGCACCCCACGGACACCCAGCAAGCGCCGCGUUCUUGGCCCACACACACCUGGCAAAGUAAGGAAGCUCAAUGGCACCACCGCCUGCACACCCAACAGCACCGUUCGCUCUGUUCUGGGGCAAACCAGCUGCCGCUCGCCCCUGCCACGGCUGCCGCCUUCUGGAGGGAAGCUCAGGCCAGCUCGAACUCCUGGCCACAUGACCCCGAAGACCCCUCGGGCUGGAUACAGGGAGCAGAACAAGGAGAACGUGGCCCAGCAGCACGGAACCACCCUGAGCGGUGGGUGCACCCCCAGAGCCCCUGCCCAGCAGAACCUCAGUGUUAGUUCUGUUCCCAGCACCUAUUCUGCGUUUGCGCGUGACCUUUCGAAGGCAUCGAGGUCCGACGCCAUCCUCAAUUCCACCGCCACCACUGCCUCCUGCCGCGGCGCUGCUGCCGCCGCCUCUAGCUGCCUGUAGCCGCCAGGCGGCGCUGCUGGGUCAGAGCUCAGGCAGCUGCUGCCCCUCUGCCUGCGCCCCCCGCGCACUGGGCUCACUCUGGCUGCAGGCUGGGCACGGUGCUGAGGGGUCCCCCAGCAGCUGCAGGGCUGGGGAUCCAGGGGAGGUGCAGGGGGAUGGAAUGUGAGGGGCUUGAGCAGCAGGGCACUUUGUUCAGGGUGAGCAAGAGCUGUUUUAUGUGAGGAGGUGUUGCAGAAAAUAAGUGCUUAAAAAGAAGGAUUUAAUAAAGGUUGCAGUCCAUGUUCCCAGCCUGGCCCUCGCUUGUCCUCGGCGUGCGUGGGGCUGCAGCCCAGCUCCAGCCUGACAGCUGUGUCACCACGGGGGCUACACCGCAGCAGAUGCUCCUGGGGACUGCCUGCCCCAUCCCUGGGAGCAGAGCGAGGCAGCAGGGGUGCGGGAGCAGAGCUUUGCCUUGACCUGUGGAAUGAGUUACGGAGUAGAUAUGUUUGUUACAGUGCUGAGUGCAGGGGCGAGGGCUCCACCAAACCUGGCCCCCUGCCCUGGCACAAGCCCUAGUUUAUGUUUCAAAAGCAGACCUCUCACUCUCUGUCCUGGUUCCAGCUUCUGGUUGUUGUGGUGGUUGUGUGAGAUAAAGGUCAGCAGUCUUCCUCACUGUCUGCUUUUCUCCUUCAGUCAAAUUUUGCACCUGGCUUCCCUUCAUUCCUUCAUUAAUUUCUAGUUGGGAUGUUUCAGCUCCCCCUAUCUCUAUCCUGCUUUUUCUAGCCAGAAAAAAAUGCAAACCUGCACUUUUCAAGGCUGUCCACUUAAUUGCUAUAACACUUCUGCAAAGCUUGAGGACAGCUGCCUCCUCAGCUGUUAGAUGGGGUCAGGGAACAGAACAGCAGCCCUAUAAUCCAGGAGGAGCUGGUUAGAGACUUGUUGA